GUGAGUGAGGUAAAAAGCAAAAUAUCAUGUAAGAAUUCUAUGCAUAUAUUAUUCUUAUAAUGAGAUGUUUUCUGUAUUUUGUGAACAUAGAUGGAAUGAACACUUACAAUUCUUGAGUAUUGACCUCCUUGAAAAACAAUACCAAAGAGGGUAUGCAAAUGGCGAUCAAUUUGGAUAAUCUCGUACCUGUGUCCCAUUUGGUACUUGUGAUGUCUCCAACGUUUCUGUUUUUUCCUUUUUACUAUUCACUGAUUCCCAAGUCCUUCCCUUCAAACACCUGGGAUUGUUUCUUCCCAAGUAUGAAUGAAACCUUAGUUGCUAAUUUUCAUGUGCACAGUUUUGAAACCCCCGUAGGACUUAUCUUCAACCGUUUCCUCAUAGUGACACCAUCCAAUAGUAAAUGACUAUGUAUCAAAAUCCAAACUAUUAUGGCAAAAACAAUGUAUAGAGACCCUGUUUUUCUCUUCCUCUGUUUUUAUGACUCUGCAUUCAUCUCACCCAUCCCAAAAAAUUGUUUCUAAAAAGAAAAUUCAGCAAAACAAGAAUUUUGUUUGCUUCCACCUAGCUGGUAUAUAUGCGAACAAAAGCAGAAGCCAAGUGUGUAUAAGAGAAUUGAACAGUGAGGCUCAUAGUGGACACGAUCUGUCUGGUUCAUCAUGCCAAGUAGCAGAGUAACACCCGCCGCGGGCCACGUUUCAGGUUCAUUUAUUUGGCAGCAUAAAUAAAUAGCUAGCCCCCAUCCAAAUGCCCAAAUUAACCAGUCGCGACGAUGCUGAAAUCGAACAUGGAGAUUGAGGCGAGAAAGAAGUUGAAGAAGACGGCUCAAGCGAGCUCCAGAAAGGGUUGCAUGAGAGGUAAAGGAGGCCCUGAGAACGCGAGCUGCACCUACAAGGGUGUGAGACAGAGGACUUGGGGAAAAUGGGUUGCUGAAAUCCGUGAACCCAAUCGCGGUGCACGCCUCUGGCUCGGAACAUUUGAGACUUCUCAUGAUGCCGCCUUAGCCUAUGAUGCGGCCGCGCGUAAGCUUUAUGGCUCAGAUGCCAAGCUCAAUCUACCAGAGCUAAGGAAAUCAUCUUCUCAGCAUUGUCCACCAUUUUCAUCUGGGAGUACUCAGAUGGAAAACCAGCCUCAAAUUCUUCAUCAUUAUCACAACAUGGACAUGGCCACAUGUUCUGGUAUCAAUGCUAAUCCAACAGUUUCCAUGGUCUCUUCUCAGCAAGUUGGAGCUGGACCAAUAUACACUGACUCCAUCGUGUCUCUUCCCUCGGAUACCAUGCCCAUGCCUCAUGAAAUUGAAACAUCCUAUGCAAAUGUGAUGGAGAAAAUGCCUCAUGAAAUGGAAACAUCCUAUGCAAAUGUGAUGGAGAAAGUGCCUCAUGAAAUGGAAAAAUCCUAUGCAAAUGUGAUGGAGAAAGAGGAGCAGUCCUAUCCUGUUUUUGAUAAUUCAAUGCCAAUGAAUGAGGACUUGCCAGUUUUUGAUGAUUCCAUAUGGGAAGAAGCUGCCAUGUCCCUAGAUUUUCCUAUGAUUAAUCCAGAGGCUUCAACGGGGAACUUGGCAGAUGAUAGUGCCUGGGAUCCUCUACAGACUCCAUGGUACAUGUAAUAUGAUCCUCCACCAUCCAAGUAUACCUCAGCAUCACUUUUCCUGUGAAUUCUCAUGCCGUCUGGGUUAAUGCUUUGGAAUUCGCUAUUGUGUGUGUGUGUGUCUAUAUAUAUAUAUGUGUGUGUGUGUAUCAAGUAUGUCUAUAUAAUUAUAUAUAGAGCAUAAGAGUACUUAGGAGAGGAUAGAGGUAUAGAUAUAUAAUAUAGUGUUUACCUUAAGGUUGUCGAAGGCCAUGAUGCUAUGGUUAUUUAGGAACUUCUAGUGGUUCUUCUCUUACAGUAAAUAUUACAUGACAUAGUUAAGGGAUGGGGUGAAUGGUUAAGGAGUGGGUCUCUCAGUCAAUUAUAAAUAGUUCAGGUUUGCUUUUGUGCAGCUUGUGUUUCAUAUGUGAAUAAAUUAUGUACUUGUACAUAUUAUAUAUGAUAUAAAUAAUAUAAUAAUAUAGUAUAGUGUGUAUCAUUGAGGUAGUUUUUAUCCUGUUUGAUAUUUGGGAUAUUUGAUC